AUGGCACCAUCCCUCCACCCGCUCAUCGACAACGGCCUCACCAAAAGCACUGACAAUUUCCCCGGCGGCAAACUUCACUGCCACUGCCGCAGCAACCCUGUCGAAGUGACACUCAAGGGCAAUGUCCUCCACAACCACGCCUGCGGCUGCUCACAGUGCUGGAAACCCUCGGGUGCCCUCUUCAGCAUCGUCGGCGUCAUUCCCGUGGACAAUUUGACAGUGACGGCCAACGGAGAUAAACUGUCGGUGGUAGACAAGAACGCCACGAUCCUGCGCAACGCAUGCCGGGACUGCGGUGUACACAUGUUUGGACGCAUUGAGAAGGACCAUGCGUUCAAGGGCUUGGAUUUCGUGCAUGUCGAGCUCUCGGACGAAAAGGGCUGGCAGGAGCCGCAGUUUGCGGCCUUCGUCUCGUCGCUCAUCGAGCAGGGCUAUGAUCCAAACAAGAUGUCCGAGGUCAGGGACCGGUUGCGGGCCAUCGGGCUUGAACCGUAUGAUGCCUUGUCACCACCGUUGAUGGAUGCGCUCGCUACAUAUGCGGCAGAGAAGGCGGGCGUUAAAGGCAGGCUUUGA